UCCUUCCAAGUUCGGUGGGCUUUGCUGUCUCGAGGCUUCCACGCGCCGCUCGCCGUCCGCGCUUCGCCCCCGCAGGCGUCUCCAGGGGCUUCAGGGCCCUGCUGAGGACGGGCUCAGACGUCGCCCCCUCCCAGCCAUCCCUCCGGUUAAAUAUGCCCAGUUCUUUCAGUAAUUCCUCAUAUAAUAGAAGCUGUAGUAGAGCACUUACAACAUGAUAUGAUCAGAAAUCGUAUGUUUCUUCAAUGAGAGCUGUGCAGAUCCUUCUGCAGUACUUCUGGUGCAAACAUUUUUCUAGGUAGUCUUGGAUGGCCUGACUUUGCUUACUCAGACAAGGAUGGUAUAAGGAGGUGAUUUGACCAAUCUGCUUUCUAUUUUGGAAGCCUAUCUUGUGAAUUAAGAAAUAUUGUUUUUGUCAGACUUAACAACUCGUUCUCAAAAAUGCUAAGAUACUGGGGAGAAAUCCCAAUAUCAUCCAGCCAAGCUAACAGAAGCUCCUUUGAUUUGCUCCCACGGGAGUUUCGUCUGGUGGAAGUCCAAGAUCCACUCUUGCACCAACCCUCUGCCAAUAAGCCACGGCCAACCACCAUGCUGGACAUCCCAUCUGAGCCUUGUAGCCUCACCACCCACACAAUCCAACUUAUCCAGCACAACCGGCGCCUACGAAGCCUCAUUGCUACAGCCCAGGCUCAAAUGCAGCAGCAGGCAGAGGGCAUCAAAACUGAAGAGAGUGAACCACUUCCAUCCCGUCCAGCUUCACCUCCCCUCCCUGAUGACCUGCUUUCUUUGGAUAACAAGACUGGCAAAAUGCCAUUCCAGAUCAGGCAUAGUGACCCAGAGAGUGACUUUUACCGAGGAAAGGGGGAACCUGUGACUGAACUGAGUUGGAACUCCUGUCGUCAGCUGCUUUACCAGUCAGUAGCCACAAUCCUGGCUCAUGCAGGCUUUGAAUGUGCUAAUGAAAGUGUCCUGGAGACUCUCACAGAUGUGGCCCAUGAGUAUUGCCUUAAAUUUACCAAGCUGCUGCGCUUUGCUGUGGACCGGGAGGCCCAGUUGGGGCAGACUCCAUUUCCUGAUGUUAUGGAGCAGGUGUUCCAUGAAGUAGGCAUUGGUAGCGUGCUUUCCCUGCAGAAGUUCUGGCAGCACCGCAUCAAGGACUAUCACAGUUAUAUGUUACAGGUUAGCAAGCAGCUCUCUGAGGAGUAUGAGAAGAUUGUAAAUCCUGAGAAAGCUACAGAAGAUACCAAACCUGUGAAAAUCAAAGAGGAGCUUGUCAGUGAUAUCACCUUCCCUGUCAGUGAGGAGUUGGAAGGAGACCUGGCAUCUGGUGACCAGUCUUUACCUGUAGGAGUGCUUGGAGCUCAGAAUGAACGGUUCUCAUCCAACCUAGAGGUUGAAGCUUCCCCACAGGCUUCAGGGUACUACACAGGGAGUGUGCGGAUAAUCUUUCUCCAAGAAACACUGGACUGCUGUUGGCCAUGAUCUGCUACCUGGGUACUAACUACAUGGUUGUGGUUUCUAAUGAGGGAUGGGUGGCUUUCACAACACUAAUAUAUGCUAUGUUUUAUAACAUAUCUAUGACAACUUUACUGACCUUAUAUACCUUUUAUCCAUGAGUAUAAAAUUAGAGUCAUGCUUUAUAUUAGCAUGUGAAAAUUAAAGUAUCUCCCUGGAAUAAAAUUCAUGAAAGUCAAACAUCUUUUAUCACUGGUCUUACAUCAGGGUACAACUUGUUAGCUAAACAACUGAUUUUUUUAUUUAGUUUAAAUAAUUUAUGAAAAAUUGGCCAGACACCCAGUAUGAAGUCUUUAGACCACAUAGCUAGUCUAAAUUUUUCCUACUCAACAAUGGAGAAGGUAACCAAUAAAAUUGGUAGGAAAAUUGAAUAACAGGAUGAAGAAAAAGGAACUUAGACUCAUAUUUUGUAUCAUCUAAAAUAAAUUCCAAAUCAGUGAUCUAAAUUUAAAAACAUAUACAUCAUAGAAAAGUUGGAAGAAAAUGAAAUUAUAGAUAUCACAAUUGUGAAAAAGAAGAAAAUUGUUAAAAUGGAAAAAAAUUAUAGACAAAAGCAGAUCGGUUUGAUCACAGAAAACAGAUCUUGUACAAAAAAUCAUCCACAAUAAAAACCAGUGGAAAAAAUGUGUUGCAAAUGUUUUUUGAUAAAAAUGAGACAUACAAAAUCUAUGAAGAAUUAAUGCAAAUUUGUAAGAGUAAAUCCCUAAAUGGUCAAGGGGUGUAUGGAUGGGAAGUUCUUAUAAGGAAUCUAAAUUAUUAACCACCACCAGAAAAAUUCUUAAAACUCACUAGUAGAGAAAUAUACAUUAACAUUUUUUUGUACCAGACUUGUAAUUUAAUUGGUAUAGGAAAUUCCCCAUAAGGAAACUCCACACCAAUGCAGGUCAGCACCUUCUUUGCAACUAACAGUUUUCAAGAGUUGUCUAGGCUACUGAGAGGUCAAGUCACCGCCUAGGGUCACAUGACAGUAUGUGCCAGAGGCAGGCCUUGAACAAAGGUCUUCCUGACUUGAAGGCCAACUCUCUAUCCAUUAUGCCAUGCUGCCUCUGCUGCACAAUCUUAUUAAAUUGGCAAAAAUAGUUAUAAAAUUCAGCGAUGGUAGGGGCAAUGGAGAAAGCCUGGGGGAAGCUGUGAAUUGGUGUAAACUUGUAUAUGGCGAUAUGUGAACAUCAAAACUUCACAAAAUCUGAGUUGGAAGGGACCUCAGAGGCCUUUUACUGCAGUCCAUAUUUGAAAUUCCAUCUAUAACAUGCCAGUUGAAUGUAAGCUUCUUACAGGCAAGAGCUGGGUCUUUUUUGUCUUUGUAUCCCCAGUGCCUUGCAUGUAGUAGAUACUUAAUGUUUGUCUUCCUUCAGAGGAUUUGAGGUUAAUUUGGAUAUUUAUAAUAGUCAGAAUGGUUUGACUGCUCGAAGUUGUUCUUAAAACAAUACUGCUGUUACUAUAUAUGUCCUCUUGGUUCUGAUAAUUUCACUCUUUAUUAUUUCAUGGAAGUCUCUCCGGGCUCUUCUAAACUCAUUGAGCACUACUCCAGAUCACUAUUGAUUAGAGAAAUGCAAAUCAAAACAACUCUGAGGUACUGCAUCAUAAUUAUCAGAUUGGCUAACAU